GAGCGUUUGUUAUUUGAGGUUCAAUCAUGGCAGCAUCUGUUUCACGUGCCUGUGUCAAUUUGUGCCGAAAAAGCGUCAAAUUAGGCACUUUUAACUUAAACGCGGACUGCCGAAUUGUGCGAAAUGUUUCUGUAAAUAAUUUCGACUGCAUCAGACGAUUUUCCAGCAAAAAUGAAGCCAAGGAAGAGUUGGCAGAGUUCGACUUUGAUGAGGAUGACGAAGCAGCAGAAGAAGAAAGACGACUCGAAAAAAGAAGAAACAAGUCUGGUCUGAGGAAACAACACUUCAGGGUGAUGCACGGAAUGCAACCUUAUGAGGAACCUGUAGCGUGGUUCCAUCACUCCAUCAAGUACAAGAAACGAAUGUUUGGCCGCUACGGAAUUGACGGGACUGAUAUUCCGCUUGGAGCUCUUUGGCCAGAUAAGGAGGACUUGGCAGAUAAAAAGGAAUACGAAGCCUGCGUUAGACCGAUGCUACUGCAGGAGGUGAUGAAGAAGGUUCAGGAUGAGAAAAUUCAGGCCGAGGAAGAGCAGAAGAAGCGACAGGCAGACAUGGCAGUUAAAUUUGAAAAGAUCGGUCAGUGGAGAAAGGAAAUGGAUGCAAAAAUUGAAAAGAAGAGGAAAGAGGCCCAGGCUAUCAAGGACAAGAGGGACAGACUGGUCGAAGAAGUGAGACGACUAGUCGGCUACAACGUUGACCCGAGAGACGAAAAGUUCAAGGUUUUGCUCGAACAGAAGGAGAAGGAGCAAAAGAAGAAAGAAAAGGAAGAGAAGAAGGCGCAAAAGGCUGCCAAAAUGAUGGAGAUCAUGAUGGCCAAGGCAAAGGUCUCCGAAAGUGGCCAGUGAAGCAUUUAGAGUGUUUGUCAAUAAGUGAAAAAAUAGUCUUGUCUGUAAUAAAAAUUAAUGAAAAUGUUGAUACUGUUUAAA